GCAGAGACCCACCCACUCUCCCCUCCUCUGUCACUCGCUUUUGUUGUGGUUUCUGUCGAUGGUUUGGCCCACAGAGCCAGCCCUCGUUGGCCCUGCUGCCAUGGCAACCAGGAAAUACUCACCGCCGUCAAAGUAGUAGUAGUGUCCGCGAGAGAGGGGGGCAGAGAUCGGAGCAGAACGUGGGGAGCGGGAGUCUAGACGGACCACAGCAGCAGAAGGGAUCGAUUUCCACGUCCGGCUGUGCUGAACCUCGUCCUCCUGUAGAGAUGGCUGCCAGCUCUGCUGCGCCUGUCAAAAACGUGGUGGUGUUCAGGAAUGGAGACCCCUUCUUUGGCGGACGCAGGUUUGUGGUCAACCAGCGUCAGGUGGCCACCAUGGAGGCCUUUCUGAACGAGGUGACCCAGAGCAUCGGCGCCCCGCUGGCUGUCCGGACCCUGUACACCCCCCGGCAGGGCCACAGGGUCUCAGACCUCCAGGACCUCCAGACGGGAGCGCAGUACGUCGCUGCCGGCUUCGAGAGGUUCAAGAAACUGGACUAUCUGCAUGCAGGGUUAAAAAAGCAGCCUGGAGCUCGUAAUGAAGCACAGGUAAAAGUCAUCCAGAGGCCCAACGUUUCAGCCAAAUGGAGGAAGUUCAUUCCUGUUCCUUGCAUUAUUCAUGUAUUCCGUAAUGGAGAUCUUCUGUGUCCACCUUUCCGGUUCAUCAUUCCUCGGAGUUUGCAGCAGGACCUGGAUCAGAUCCUGAGUCUGAUCACCGAGAAAGUCAGCUUACGGACUGGAGCGGUGCGAAGGCUGUUCUCUCUGGAUGGAGCCUCCGUUUCCUCGGCCGGGGAGCUGCAGACCGGCCGCUGCUACGUUGCUGUGGGAACCGAAAGGUUCAAGAAACUUCCAUAUGUGGAGCUGCUGGUUUCAAAAGCUGCAGAGAGACAUUAUCCUGAGAAGAGGAAACUGCUGAGGAGAACACAGAACAGAAAAGCAGGAAGCGGUCCUGAAGACCGGUACAGUGACUCAGCUCUCCUCGACUCCCCAGAGUCCGAUGGCCGGAGGGUGAAGUCAACAGGAGACGAAGCUGCAGCUCUUCAGGAGUCGCAGCGGCUGAGCAGGAGGGAGAGAGCGGACGAGGCGUCCGGAUACUUCGCCCGGACCGUUAAAGUUCACAAGAACAGAACGCAGAGCAGACCGCUGCUCACUGACGGACCUGGUAAGCCAGGUGUGCUCAAAGCAGAGGAACGGACAAACAGAGAGGAGGCUCACGGUGCAGAGGAGGUGCAGGAGGACGAGAAUACGGCUACAGAGCUUCCUGUUGAUCAGACAGUUGCAGAAACAGUUGAAGAUGAAGACUUAAGCAACACGGAGGCUCCGGUGCAGAACUCCCCACAGAGACAUGCAGAAAAGAGCGAGCAGCAUCAACAGGAGGCGAGUGGAAAGCAGAAAGAGGCUGAGCUGAAGCCGAAAUCGUCACCGUCCCACUCGGAGGGGAAGAUCAGGGAAGAGCAGGCGACUCUGCCGACUGCACAUCUAUAAAAUCCUGGAGAAACUUUGCUCUUCUACUGGUUUUAAUGGUUUCCUGUGACAGAAGAGCCUGCAGGACGCUUAAUGCCGUCUCUGACUGAAUGAGUAGUAUCUAAACUGUGACACUGAGAAAAGUAAGAUUUGUUUGUAUUUUGUCUUUUUUUUAUCAUAAGACAUAAAUAUGAAUCAAAAUCCAACAAAUCUCUGAAAAACCUGCUGAAAGUGAGAUUAUUUAAUCUGUUCAUCCUGUUUAAAAGGAGCAGGAACCAACAUUCAGUCCUGCAUCUUAAUCCAACUUAAAAUAGUCCAAGGAGAUCAUGCAAACAUUAACACGUUUUUCAUUUUCCUAUAUAUGCCAUUGUUGUUCACUCUUCUUCAUUCAAAGCAAAUAUUCUUGAAUUUCUAGAAUUUUCCACCCUUGAAAUAUAAUUUUUACGGAUUAGUCUUUAUUUUUUCUGGGUUUUUUGUUUUCAUGUCUUGGCAGGAAGGAGAGCCUCAUUUCCCAUCUACAGUGCAUGAAAAGUCAGAUGUUUUCAUCGUAUGCAAAUUGUUAGUUUAAUACAUGAGAAUAUAUACUUUUUUGUUUGAAUCAAAUAAAAAUUAGAUGUGCUUGACUUUCCUCAGUAGUUUAGUACUAAAAUAUGACAUUUAAAGUGACAAAGUCCUUUGUGUCUUAAAUCCAUGCAUGUCAGCUGUCCUUUUAAUUUAACGUUUCUUAAAGUCAACUCAGCAAUUUAAAAAAUAAAGGCUACUUAGUCAUAUUUAUGUAUUAAAGUCUGAUAUUUAAUCAAAAAUAAAUAUGGAGUGAAUUGUUUUUAUUUUAAUUUACAGUUAAAUAAAUGAGAUUC